AUGUCCAAGCAUGUAAGGCAACGUACUAAGGCUCAACGAAAUGCUCAAAUCGAGGAGGAAGAGCCUUUAGUCCCAAGUCAGGUACUAGACGAACAAACUCAAAGUGAGGAGAUUCGUUUGCUGCGACAAAAGAACUCAAUGGACAACAAACAAGCUCAAAUGGUUUUGGAUGUAGGGGUAUUAAUCGCUACAAUCAUAUCGAUAAUGCAGUUCUUUGAACAUACGCCAUCCCCAAACCCUAUAUUCUGUAUUCUAGCAGUCAUCCAACUUUUAUUACUCCCAUUUUCAAUAACUCCACGUUGGUUACCCAUCGAGCCGAUUUCACCUGAUAUUCAUCUUUAUACGCUUUCGGUUGAACUUACCGUAUCUGUCUGUGCCAUCUACAUCCGAUAUAACCUAUCGUUACCAUCAUCAGGAGCAGGCAUGGAACCUAUGGAAGUUGGUGAGAUGGCUAGGUGGAUUAUGCCUGCUCUGGUUUCAGGUGCAGUGAAUAUGCAAAGAAGAGCAGAGAGGCAAUCAGAAAUGAAACUGGAUAUGUUGGAAGAACUGAAGUAUGAUUUGAAGGGCGCAUGA